CACCCAUCACAAGAGAAGCGUCAAUUAUAUAAAGCACUUCGCAAGUAUACACCAAUGGAGCUCGAGAAAAUAGUCGAUAAAGAACUUCAAGAGAGAGAGCAUGGCAACAAACUCCUUGCCAAUAUAUCACGGCAAGAGCUUGCUGCAUCACACAUGCAUACAAAGAUAGUCGAAGAACGAUUCAAUACAGAGCUAUCAACAAUGACAUCUGCAACAGCAUCUACAACGACAUCUACAACGACAUCUACAACAACACCUACAGCCAUAACUAUAACAACAGGCAGCAUACAUAAUGAAUCAGAGUCAGAGCCAGAGCCAGAGCCAGAGCCAGAGCCAGAGCCAGAGCCAGAGCCAGAGCCAGAAUCAGAAUCAGAAUCCGAAUCAGAAUCAGAGUUAGAAUCAGAUUCGGAGCCAGAGCUGGAGAAUGACAGUGCUCUUUUUCUGCCAUUUGGGGAUUUGGUCAAGUUUAUUUUUGACAAGGCAGAUGGCAGGGAUGUCGAACUCCCUACCAAUAAAGUCGACCACCCAUCGCUAGACUUUGAGCAGCUGUACAAUUACGCCUACGGAUUGUUAGCUGGGAACUCCGAUCCUAAAGGCAAAAAGGCCUUAGUGGCGGUUUCCGGCAUCGUCAACACAGUUCAGGACACCCCAGCUGGAGUCGACCUUGCCAAAACUGUGAAGAAAGAGUGUCUCCACCCUCAUCUUUCUACGCCGAUUGAUGAGCUCCAAGAAUUGCAGCUUUUGUUGCUAGAGUCAAUGGGGAGUGAUGAGGAUUUGCCCGACUUGGAAGCUCUGAAGGUUGAGGUAUUGGGCCAUCUAGUUGAUGUUAUAAAGUGUCGAAGAAAGGGCAGUCCAACCAGCACUGUUAAAGAGAAAGCGUUGGAGAUACUUGACUUUCUUAUUUCAUUAAUAAGAACUGAGCAACUUUCUCUUCCUCUCUCAGAGGCGGCAUCAGUUUUGCCAUGGGCGGUGAUAUUAGGGAUUCUCUUUGGAGGGAAAGACCUGAGGCCUUUUAUAGGAGAGUUGGGAUGCGAGGCAUCCAAGGACGCCCGGGUAUUUGUCGAGAAUUUCUUUGGUAAAACAACCAAGAAUAUAGUUGGGCGAAAAGUAGAUAUACACGUCAAGACGAAGUUGGACGAGUGGAUCGAAAUCGCCAUCAACGAGUUCAAGACAAAUACCGCUACCAAAGCUACUUUGGAGCAGCAGCAAAGGAAAUCCGUCAGGCUCAACGGCUCUAUCCUGCGCAAGUUGGAGUUGAAAGGUGUGGAUAUCUCCAAGAGUUAUCCAUUGAUCUUGGAAGGACGGGGACUACAAGGCUAUUUGUAUGCCAUGAAGGGAUUCGAUGGUCUUCUUGGUGUAGGAGUUGCCUCGCGAAAGGCAAUGUUCAUACCGAGCAAUGCAUUCCAGAUGCGGGUCUUCCUACAAGGCAACACUCUCUCUACCCUUUUCCACUAUGCGGACCAUAUGCGCCGCUAUAGCAUCCAGGUCCAACAGCAAUUGUCGAGUGUUGCUGGAGAAGGGUUUGAGGCCUUCCUGGCCGAUAGUGACGAUGAUGUCGUCGUCCCCCCACAAGGCCUCGUUGCUCCAAGGAUCAUCUUUUCACCUAGGAAAAGGAAGGCAGAGCUAUCGUUGUCCGAUGAUGGUCAGGAAUAAGAAUACUCUGUAACUGUAGCUUUCUCCUAUCAAUCAUUAUUAUGUUAAAU